AUGUGGUUAUUUGGAGUCUUUGUCUUAUUAGGCGUUGCAGCUGCUGAAGAUGGCCUCAAAGGCUGGCUAAGGUAUGCCCCACUGCCAUGUUCAGAGCAAUGCCGAUCCAGUCUUCCCUCGAUUAUUGUUUCUCUCAAUUCGACCAAUGCAAGCCCGGUGUUUGUUGCGGGGACUGAGCUGCAAAAUGGCAUCCAAGGUAUUUACGAGAGGGAUGUCCCGAUCAGCCAUGUGAAAUGCAACGCUGCCUCUUCCAUCGUGGUCGGCACCGUUGAUCAGUAUCGCCGUGCCUGUGGUACUAAGAGCAGCCUACCCGAGCUCGAGGAAGAUGGUUUCUGGCUGAGCACCAAGGGAAAGAACGUGCAGAUUCUCGGACAGAAUGAACGAGGUGCUCUAUAUGGCGCAUUCGAGUACUUGUCGAUGCUUGCUCAGGGCAAUUUCUCCGAGGUUGCGUAUGCGUCCAAUCCUUCGGCACCGAUUCGAUGGGUCAAUCAGUGGGACAACAUGGAUGGCAGCAUCGAGAGAGGCUACGGUGGUCCCUCCAUAUUCUUCAAGAACGGCCAAAUCGUUCAAAACCUCACUCGCGUGGCUGAAUAUGCCCGUCUUCUAGCAUCUGUCAAGAUCAACGCCGUGGUUAUCAACAAUGUCAAUGCGAAUGCGACCAUUCUAAGCCCUACCAACCUGGAUGGGGUUGCUCGAGUUGCUGAUGUGUUCCGGCCUUAUGGCAUUCAAGUUGGUCUGUCACUCAACUUUGCAUCUCCUCAGACCUUCGGAGGACUAAGCACCUUCGAUCCACUCGAUGAAUCUGUCAUUCAAUGGUGGUCAAAUAUCACGGCUCAGGUCUACAAGCACGUUCCCGACAUGGCUGGCUAUCUUGUCAAAGCUGAUUCCGAAGGGCAACCCGGCCCCCAAGUAUACAAUCGAACCCUGUCUGAUGCAGCCAAUCUUUUCGCCAAAGAAGUUCAGCCAUAUGGAGGGAUUGUGAUGUACCGUGCAUUUGUGUAUGACCACCAUCUCAACGAAACCAACUGGAGAGAUGACCGUGCAAAUGCUGCUGUCGAAUUUUUCAAGCAUCUCGACGGCGAAUUCGAAGACAACGUGGUGAUUCAAAUCAAAUACGGUCCUAUCGAUUUCCAGGUCCGCGAGCCGGUCUCACCCUUGUUCGCGAAUCUCUACAACACUAGCAUGGCCAUCGAACUUCAGGUCACACAAGAAUAUCUUGGCCAGCAAUCUCAUUUGGUCUACGUCGCCCCCCUGUGGAAAGAGAUUCUGGAUUUCGAUCUCCGGGUUGACCAUAAGCCAUCUCUUGUCAGUGACAUUGUGGCUGGCAAGCGCUUCAAGCGGAAGUUAGGUGGAUCGGCAGCCGUGGUUAACGUCGGUACGAACACAACUUGGCUCGGCAGCCACAUGUCAAUGUCAAACCUGUAUGCGUACGGUCGCCUGGCUUGGACUCCUGCAGAUGAGCCACAAGACAUAUUGCAAGACUGGAUUCGAUUGACUUUUGGACUCGAUCGGAAGGUACUUGAUACACUGACUCGCAUAUCCAUGGAUUCUUGGCCCGCGUACGAGCAAUACAGUGGCAACCUAGGCAUCCAGACACUGACUGAUAUCAUCUACACUCAUUACGGCCCUAGCCCGGCAUCCCAGGACAACAAUGGGUGGGGCCAAUGGACCCGGGCGGAUCACACCACGAUCGGGAUGGACCGAACUGUCUCGAACGGAACUAGGUACUCUGGUCAAUAUCCAGAUGAACUCGCUGCUAUGUAUGAGAAUAUCGAGAGCACACCCGAGGAACUUCUUCUAUGGUUCCACCAUGUCAACUAUACUCAUCGUCUCACCUCUGGAAAAACAGUGAUUCAACAUUUCUACGACUCCCACUACACUGGCGCGGAAACCGCGCAAGGGUUCCUCGAAAAAUGGGAAUCGCUGGAAGGAAAGAUCGAUACUGAGCGAUAUAACCACGUCCGACGUUUCCUCGACUACCAAGCUGGUCAUUCAAUUGUCUGGAGAGAUGCCAUCAAUAACUUCUACUUCAACAUGUCCGGAAUUCCCGACGAUGCCAAACGUGUCGGUCAUCACCCAUGGCGCAUCGAAGCCGAAAGCAUGAAGCUGGACGGCUAUAAGACGUACGAUGUAAACCCCUUUGAAACAGCCUCUGGUGCCGUUGCGAUCGUCACAACGUCAAACAACACUGCCGGCACUGCUUCCACAAAGAUCGAAUUCCCUUCGGGGACCUACGAUCUCGCAGUGAAUUAUUAUGAUCUGUACGGUGGAAAAUCUCAGUGGAAGGUAUAUCUCAACGAUCGCAAAAUCGGCCAGUGGACAGGUAACAGUGAGGAAACCCUCAGCCACACGCCUUCAAUCUAUCUGGAUGGACAUUCUGCUACUCGUGUCAAAUUCCGUGGCGUGAAAGUCAAACACGGCGAUAGUUUGAAGAUUGUAGGUAUGCCUGACGGCACUGAACCAGCUCCGCUGGACUACGUGGCUUUUUUGCCAGAAGGAAUCUUGGACUAG